CCCCGCCGGGCCGGAGCCGACACCCGCCCGCUGCCGCUCGGGGCCGCAACCUACUCGGGAGGAGCUCGGUACCGACCGGCUAAAAGCCAUUAAAGAAGCGAGCAAACCUCAUUACUCUUAAAGAAGCGGUAGUGAACUCGACCCAGGUUUAAGUUGUACCUCGCUAAUGAAGUUUCCCUCAGCUGACAGCCAGGCCCCGCCAGGUUAAUCUCUUUUACGGGGCGAUGCACAGCUGGGGAGCGCCCUCAUAACCCCGGCUGGCCGCGGGUGGCAGCUGAUGCCCUUAGAAGUACUCCUGUGGCCAAGGGGACGACGAAAAUUUGUUGGCUAGGAUUUUUUUUUCUUUGUGUUUUUUGUUUGUUUGUUUUUUAAUUUUUCGGGACAGCUUCAGAAUUAGAACUUGUCUACACUCCCAGAGUGAAAAAGAUUUCCAUCUAUGAUGAUGACAGAUUUUACAAGAGAGCAUAUGUCUCUCCAGUCUUUUAGGGGUGGGGAGAGAAAGGAACUGAGAGGCACCCUCCAGCAUACCAUUCCGAGGAAACUGCAUCUACCUAUUCCUAAUUCUCACAGAAAGUGGUUACAAAUCCAGCGUGAACUCAGUUUGAGGAAACUAACAGAGGGAUCACAGUAUCAAGAGGAACUAAAAUAUGACUUCAAUAUAAAAGGGGAACUGAGGCACCUGGAUACAAAUGAGUCCUUUGUUUUCAAUUACUACAAGAAUGGACAUGAGCAGAAUCACAAACGUUAUGAAGUUCUGGGACAUUUUAUUACCCAGUAUGUUUAUGAGCUCCUGGAAAGAGUCUGCAUGCUGCAGAAGGUUUGUAUUCCUACUGACGCUACAGAGGAUGAACCAAGAAGUUUCUUUUUCAUGAGCAAGAAUGCACUAACAAGUUCCUCUUGCCUAAUUAUCCUUCUUCAAGACCGUGGAGUUUUUUGUGCUGGACAGUGGGGGCGAAGGGCCAUUGUCAGUGAGGGCCUGAGACAUGGAACACAAAUACCAUUCAUCAAAAUGGCCCUGCAAAGCCACUGGGAAGUGAUUGUACUGAACCCCAAUGACAACUUCACUGAUCUGAAGACUGAAAAGGAGAGAUUUUCUUCCAGAGGAGAGGAGCUUACUUUUACAGAGUCUGUCUGGUGGAUCCCCAAGAGAGGCAGCAGCAGCCCUGAGGAGCACACCCUGUAUGUAUGGGAUCAUUUCAUUGCAAAGAGUGCAGCCAGGAACAUGGCCUUCAUUGCCCAUGGCUAUGGUGGGUUGGUGUUUGUUGAUCUGCUGGUGCAGAGGAAAAGUGAGGUGAUGAAUAAAGUGUACUCUGUGGCGUUCAUCGACUCCUUGCACAACGUGCAGCACCAGAGCAGACAUGAUCCAGAAAUACAGGAAUGGAUACACAGAAACUGCCGGGAAUGGGUGUCAAACAGUAAACCCCUAAAUAAAACUGUGGGCUUUCUCAUGAGAGUAAGUUGUCCUGCUUUCUCUGCUGGAACAGAAAAGUAUGGUUUAGCACCCUCCUGCUGCUUACAACCCAUCUUUAAGUUCCUGAAGAGCAUGCUGAAGGUCAAGAUCACAACAACCUCGAGGAAUUCACCUGUUACAACCAGAAGCAGCACAAGUAAGAAGAGAGGCAAUAAAUAAAGCUACACUAGUUUGUUCUUGACAGCAGUCUCUUCGUAACCGCCUCUGUGCCUUUCCAUCACCUAAGCACCUUCAUCUCACUGUGGAGAAAUUCACAGUUCUAAGUUUGAAACUAGUUUUUUUGGUGUUGAGAAGAAAAACACAGAAGUUAACUAUUAGGAAAGAAAUGCAUUGUUGAAAGCCUUAAGGCACAACCCUUUGGCUGUGAAAUUUAAAGAUGAAUUAAAGGUGUUAAGGCAUACCAACUCUCAUCUGUCAUUUUCUAUAAUAAACAUUCUAUAGUUAUGGCUCUA